CUGUGUCACAGCAGCACUCAAAGUCACCGGCUACUUAGGUCUUCUCUAGUUUAUUCUGGUUCUAUUAUUUUGUUUGGUUAUACAACAUAUAAAUUACAGUUUACAGGUUAUUGGACAUGCCCCUGUGCACACUCUAGCAGCCGACCCAUCCGUGUAAGCUAGUAGCUCUCUAACCGGAUAAUGUGCGCGCUGUGAAUGAAAGGGGGCAGCUGCCUAAUGGUUUAAAUAAGUACCGUCACAGGACAUAAUCAGACUUUUAACAAUUCAUCAUGAUACGCUAUUUACAAACCGCGAGGAGGUUUAUUCCUCAUUGCCACGUGUGUUGCCCUCGUGUUUUCUCUAACAGCCCAGAGCUCCGUUACACAGCACCCCGGAGCGCGCGAGGCCUGUCGAAGAUGUCGCUCUGGCCCUUCAAUGUGAGCCCGCGGGACUUCAGCCAGCCCAAUGUAUCCUGGAAUGCAGAGAUGCAGAAAGUUUACGAUCAUUAUAAUGCACUAUGUGAGGUUAAGGCUGAAGAAAGUGAGCAGAAGCGGUCUUGGCGCAAGCUUCCUAGUUACAACCGCACUCUCAAAUAUGUCACAGGAGGCGUGUACUUGAGUAAAAUGAUCCAGUCGAAGGCUAGACUCUUCACAAGGAACAUCAAAGAGCAUGGAGCAGCGUUCGAGUAUGUGGUUUUCAUGAACAAACAGGAGAAAAGAUGCGUGUGUGUGUUUCAACCUGGGCAUCUACUGGAGGGACCUCCAGGACAUGUGCACGGUGGAGCAAUCGCCACCAUGAUCGAUACAGUGACAGGCACUCUCGCUGGUUACCUGGUUGGGCCUGUUAUGACUGCAAACCUCAAUAUCAACUAUCGCAGUCCAGUACCACUGGGUAGUGUGGUUGUCCUUCACAGUGCUCUGGAUCGGAUUGAGGGCAAAAAACUCUUUGUAACCUGUACAGUGACCAGCACUGAUGAAUCCAAAAUACACACCGAGUCAACAGCGCUAUUUAUAUCUUUUAAAAUGGGCAGUUUGUUUGGGACAACUUAAUCCUUCAAGCAGAUUACAAUCAACUGGAGACACUGUCUAUGUGUGUGUGUGUGUGUGUUUGUUUGUAUGCGUGUGUGCAGGGCCAUGCACAGACGUUUAGAGGGGCAGGUGCUUAAAGCUAGAAAGCCACAUGAAACAAAAUGUAAACAUUUAAACCAUUCCUGACAUAAUGUACAGUAUAACCUGUUGAAUUAUGGCAUCCCACGUUUAAACAGAACAAGAAAGUAACCCCUUCUCUGUCUCUGUUGCCUGGCUAUGGCUCAAUGUCUCUCUUUCCCUCUCUUUCCUUUCUCAUCUUUCCACUCAAUCUAGGAAUGAGGCACAAUUUGCUAUUCUAAUCUUAUUAUUUUAAUAACAUUAUUAACACCUAAUCAUUAAUAAACACCUUAUUAAUAAACCCACCCCAAGUAACAUUAAAAAACAUUAAAAGUUAUAGAUAUAUAAGUUUAUACUUAUAUAUAAAGUUAUAGCAAUAUAAUGUUUAUUUUUCCUGCAGUCUGUAACUAAAUACAUUUUCUCCAUAAAUAGCUGGUAUAUGUGUUAUUCUAAUCAAGCCAUAAUAAUUAAUUAUUAUAUUAUAUUAUUAUUUUAAUAAUUAUUAUUAAUUAAUAACAAUAAUUUCAUUUGAAGUCAUGAGUAAUUAAGUACAAUAUAAAAUACAUAAAACAAUGAAAAAAAUAAUUACAUCUGCAUACAUUUCAUGGUGACCUUUUAAUAACGCAAAUAGUUUUGGACCAUGACAAAGAGAGUUACUGAGACAUAACCUGAGCUGAGCUACACAAUUGUGUCGUUAGCUGGUUGGUGACUUUGCAUUUUUAUAAAAACUGCAAACUUCACUUAGCAACAACUAAAAGUUUUGCUUAUUAUUUCCCAGAUAAAUAAUAUUAAACAUGUUCUUCCACUGAAUGUCUGCCAGUGGUGUCCCUGUAACUAAAAUGCCUUUAAUCAGGGCACUUCAUGAAAGGGUUAAAGGUCAUCAUAUGAUGUGAACUCACUGACAGCAGCCAGUUAACUUUAUUUAGAGGUAAAUUAUUUUUAGCUUAAUUUAAAAAUAUAUAUUUUUUUAUUACAUUUGUAAACCCUUCUGCAUGUGCAUGUUUGUGUGCAUGCAUGCAUGUGUGCUUGCGUUUGUGUGUUUGUGUACUGUAUGUGUGGUACAGAAAUGUUUGAUUUGUCAAUUGUCAUAGAUUCAUAAGAAAUAGGAUUAGGACCACCAUAAAAUAUUUGAGUUCUGACUUUUUCUCAGAAUUCUGUCUUUAAACUAAAAGAGAUUUUAAAUGGUGGCCCUUAUCCCCUGCCAUAGAAUCCCCCAGGCUUUAAAGUGCCAUAGUAAAUGUGGUGUGGUUAGGUAUCUACUCUACCUCUCUUUUCAACCAUUCAUUACUAACUGCUUUAUUUAUUUAUUUUUUAAUAUGAUUAGUAUUGACAUUUGAUGUAAUAUUUUGUUAUGCCUUUGGAUGUGUUUGUAAAUAUAUCAUGUAUUAAGAACAAUUUAGUACUUGAUUAAUAAAUGUUAGUUAAAAAAUGGCAAAUGCAUUAUUAUUAUUAUCAUUAUUCAUGUUGGUGGUGUAUUAAUUGGUACAUGCUAUUACAUUUGCACUAAUUGGCCACUUCAUUAGAUUAGUACUGGGUUGGACCACAUUUGCCUUCAGAACUGCCUUAAUUCUUCAUGGUGUUGAUUCAACAAGUUGCUGGAAACAUUUUUUAGUGACGUUGGUCCAUUUUGACUAUUGCUGCACAUUUGAUCAAAUAAAAAAAAAUUGUGCAAUGUUUAAUCACAAAAGGCUGCACAUUUUUUUAAACAGAUAAUAUAUACAUCAUUAUGAAUUUAUAUAGAGUUUGUCAAUAAUUUAAGUGUUUAUUCUUUUAAUAUUUUCGAGUAAAAAUCGAAAUAAAAAUCUUCUUAAUGAGAUAAUUUGUCCAAUAGUCUGAAUAAUGACAACGUCUAAAUACAUUGAGUUUCUGUUGUGUGUUUGGCUGAUUAGAUAUUUGUGUUAAAGAGCAGUUGAACAGUUGUACCUGAUCUAGUGGCUAGUGAAAAAAAUAUACAUACUAAAUUAAAAAUACCUUAUUGAAUGUCUCCCUCACUAUAUAUAUAAGCAUAUACUACCAGUCAAAAGUUUUGGACACACCUUCUAAUUCCAUGGUCUUUCCAAAUUUUUAUUUCUUUCUACAUUCUAUAAAACAAUGCUGAAGGCAACUGCUACUUAUGCUCUGUAAAGCCUACAUAACGACUCUAAUCUGAGGUGCUGUUACAUAGUGAUUUCUGAGGCUGGUAAUUCUACAUGAACUUUUCCUCUACAGUAGAGGCAGGUUUUGGUCUGGCUUUCCUGGGAUGAUCUUCAUUAUGGUAUUCCAGUGUCAUGAUGGUGAUUGAUACUGUAGGUUUUGCAAAAUAAUUUCAGAACAGCUGACCUUUGUGUCUUCAAGUAACAGCUGACUGUUAUUGUUGUUAUUUAAUUACCUAAUGCUUGAUGUGUUAUUUUAUAUUUUUUUUUAAAUCAAGUGUUGUUUUAGAAUGUAGAAAAUAAAUCCAAACAUGUGUCUGAAA